CGAGGCGCUGCGAUUGGCUGGACGUGUGGAAGGUUCUGGGUGCGCUCUAAUGUCGCUGUGAAAUUAACCAGAGAAAUGAGAGCAGAGCGCCGGCGGUAAAGGGAGGCUCACUGUUUAAAUUCAGUGCACUCAGGCCGAGUCUGGUCAUUAAAGGAUAUUGAAUAGCUUGAAUACCGAGUUCCCACAGUCCAAGUCAGCCUGAAGCUACGUCUUUGUAACUGAACUUAAAACAAGCAUAACAAUGGAAAGGCAUGUUUGCAGAAUCUGGCCACUCUCCUCACCAGACGCUGUACACUAUAUGCAGAUAAGUUGGGAAAAGGAACGAGACCUGGGAAGUGGUUUUAUAGUGACUCUCUGCAAUGGAGAACAAGCUUGGAGUGGAAGAGUGUCAGAAAAUCAAGUAACAAUGGAAGCAAAAGAGGCUGAAAUGGACAGAGAAAAAUAUGUUGAUGAACUUCGACAAGCACUGACAAUGGGGGAAGAAAGAAUGAAAAAAUAUAGUUUUGACUUUUUUAAGGACAAGGACAAGGACAAGGAAGUUUUCCAUUUUCUGUAUGAAAAGCUUUUACGAGACAUUUCAUUUAAACUUGGCUCUGUGGAAUUGCGAAAAGUCUCAGACUCAAAAGAAGUCGUUAAAGGACUUAUCGAUUAUGUAUUACAUUGCAACAGAGAACUCCGAGACACAAAUGAACACCUGCAGCAAGAGAAUGAGAGACUGUUGAGCGAUCGUAAUUACAACUUGAGAGAGUUGGAGAAAUAUGUAAAGGCUAAAGAAGAACUAGAGCAAGAUCUCUAUUCGCGUUUCACCUUAGUACUAAAUGAGAAAAAGGCCAAAAUUCGAAGUUUACAGGAGAAUUUAAAGCGCAUUGAUGAGCAAGUGGAAUUCAAGAGUCAGAACAGGACUGUUGCUGCUACUAACCAAGAAGUGUCAGUACCUGAGGAAAAGUUUGAUUGUAGCACUGAUGAAGAAAGCAAAGGUCAUACCUCUGAAAAUAGAAUCUGGUCUCAACCUUCCGGGCCAACCAAGGUUCCUCCACAAAGUGAUCCCAUAUGCAGCUCUCUGAGCGAUGUGGUUGAUGUAGCACCAACUCGAAAGCGAAGGCAUCGAUUUCCGCAGCAGAAGAAUAAAGUGGAAGAAAUCCCACAAGGUUCUCAAGAAAAGAGAUCAUGCCCAAUGAGCUCUACAUCAUCAGCAAUCCAUCAUCAAGAUGAAGAGGAAGAAUCACAAAAAACUUUACCCAAUACUGUUGAAGCGGAUGAUCUCUUUGAAAAUAUUUAAAUUAUACACAGAAAAUAGCAAAUAAACCAAGUGAUCAGUAUAUGUGUAAUGCCAUCAUCUUAUGAAAUACAAUUAAUUAUUUAUAGGGAAAUCUUCAUUUGUAAUUUCAACUAUUACUAUUUGGGUUCUUUGAAAGUUUAGUUUCUUAUUAAAUAUAUAAAAUGAACUUAUUCUUCUGCAAAUAUGAUCUCUUCCAAAUCACAUAACACAAACCUUCCUCUUUUAUUGUGAUCCAUAUGCAAAUGAGGACAAAGUUAUGAAAAUCCAUGCAUCUCGGACUUUUCUAUGAUGCCACAAAUGAUUUUUUUAAAAAUACAUCUCUCAGAGUAUUCCCUUCAUAAUGUCGAAUGGUAUUAGUUGCAAAGUUUCUAAAUGCAAGUGAAAGUAAGUUUAAUAUGAAUAAGUGGUUGAAUUUACCUGUGCUUGGAAAGAAGCAUACUUGACAAGAACGGCAAGGUAAGUUUAACUGCAGAAUAACAUAGGUUUGAAGGAUGUUGCUACAGGUUGGCCAUCCCUCUCAAAGUACCAUGCUAAGAAAUAGGGUGAAUUUUCAAAUAUUGAAAUCAAGGCUUGACUUCAUAAAGAUGAUGACUAAGGUUAAUGUUAAUGUUUCAUUACUACUGCCUUCAAUACUGUUUUCAGCAAGUUUAAUUUAUGUUUACUUCUCUGAGUAGUGGUGCCUGGCAGAGUUCCAAAGGACAUAAUAUAAAACCAACACUUAAUGUCUUAGUGUUGACAAUUAGAGGAUUUCUAAUGUCCAACGGUAACUGUAAUUCCUAACACCACUGUCAGUAGCUGGCAGGAAUCAAUUAGUUCUAUAAGCAUAGAAAUUAGUGUUGCUAAUGUCAGCAAAAAUACACUUGCAUAUAAAAUGUGUUUUUCCUCUACCAUGUUAGCAGGGAAAUUAACCAUUUAAAUUAAGUAACAAGGUAUCAUUAAAGUCUUGGAAGUCAAUAACAAAGGCAAUUUCUAGGCUGUGGAUCUCACUGUUUGGUCAAGAAUUUUUUUUUAACUGAAUCCCCUCUCCAGAAACAUAUCAUGGCAUAUCCCAAUAUGCCCAUAAAGACUGUAAUUUCAACAACAGUGUGCUCAAAACACCAUCUAUGAGGUGUAGCAGAUUAUGUUUACUAAUACUAGUUAUUGGUUAAUGCACUCAUACAAAUCCCUAGUUUAUCUCUGCCUUUGCCAACACAGCAUGAGUUGACAUAUCGGGUGGGCUUAUGCAAGCAGUUCAACUGUAAUACCAAUCUAACUGAUGUGUAAUGUAGCUGCAUCCACUUGGAGGCAAACGUUUGAACAAAAAGACAUGGUUAGGCUCACACCUUGCAUUACAUGACAGGAGGAUACAACAAAGAGACUCAAGUAAUACACUAAAAUGAUAACAUUAUUUCGGGAAAAAAGCCCUUUGUCUUCCCUGAUUUUGAGAUAUAACUAACCCCAGAUACCAUCUUUCUUUGCUAUGAGCUAAAAGAGGCAUGAUUUGUGAUUAGCUUUAAAGAGUCCUGAAUGCUGUUAGUCACUAAUGUGUAAUGCUCUGCUCUUAAAAAAAGGGUAGUUACUUACAGUCACUAUCUUCAUAAUUUAGCCCUGACUGAACUUUCAUCUCCAAAACCACUUCUCAUCCAGGUUUACAAAUUAAGAAAUUUGAAGGAUUACAGCAGUUUGAAGCCUGCUCAGGAAACAAUUGGCUAACGCGUCUCUCAUUCUUUAGCAUCUCUGUUUUUAUAUAGUUGCAUGUGGUACUCAUUGAAUUUGCAAACUGAUCAGUACUAUUCCUUCUGAAAAAUAAUUUACACUCCAUUAAGAAGAUAAUUCAUUUGGGUAGUGGACUUUGAGAAAACAAACUUGCUGGAUUCGUACUUUUGAUUUAAUUCUGUCAGUAUUGCAACAGAUGGAUGUGAGUACAAAGCUGUUACUUAGCUGAGAAUUCAUUGCCUCACACACCUGUGAGCUGUACUCUUACACUUUAUGAUACGGUUGAACUCCUUAAUUUACAAUCUAUCACUCAAGAUUGUUUCAUUGUUAAUUGUUCAUUAAUUUCAGCAAGAUGUUCUUUUGUUCCAUUUUUUAUGCAUUACUGUUCCUGUGCUUGUAUUUAAUGUUGUUCCUCUAUUGUGCAGCAUGCACUACCAUCAGUUUGUUUUGUUGUUUAUCAUUGGUAAAAUGCUUGAUGUUUAUUUUUAUUUCCUUUUUAAAGACAUGGGUUCUGUAUUUAAUCUACAAACAGGAUUAAAGACAUGCAGAGCAGAUAACACUCACUCAGAGCACUUAAGGUGCUUCUUUGAUACUGCUGCAUGCCUGAUCUGAUGAUGGGAAAUGAUGAAAGCUUCACUUGUUUAUUCAUCUAUCCAGCUGGGAACCACUCUAGAAGGCUGAGCAAAGCUACAUAGAGGAAGUAACUUUGAGGAGAGAAAUUCAUGUAAAUGGUUUUCUUUGGUGAGUGAUGGUAUUACAAUUCAUUUUGUGUCAAUAUUGAACAAAUAAA